AACUUUGUGGGCAUGAGUUGAUGUCAUGACCUUUUCCACGUACAACCCGUAAAAGACUCUCUGCCUGCAAUCAAUUCAUAUAUAUCAACUAAUUGAUCUUAUAUCUUCCUUACGCGGUAGCAACCGACAGACCAUUGACUACUCCACGACAAAAAGAUCCCAAAAGAGAUUACGUUGCUCCUGUGCACCUAUUAUCUGAUCUCAAAGAUAAAAGAAAAAUGGCCCAACUAGUUGAAGUCCAGACAAAGCUAACUUCCUUCUUCGAAAAAAACCUCGGCAGUAGCGAGUAUGCCAGUCUGAUGAACGAACCUUCGGUUCAGAAGUACUUGGAUACAGGAGAACGAGUUUCGUUCGAGUCCAUACUGCCACUUAUUCCUUCCUCCAAUCAAAUCGAGUUGUUUAGUCUGGACGAGAAAGACCGCUACCUAAGUGCUAUACGCGCGAUAACUGCGGAGACCGACUACGACGAGAUUGUUGAAAGCACAACCUUCCUCAUGCAAAUUUGGAAAGCCUCCUUUCAAAUCGCUCUUUCUGAUAUUCGCAAGUUUCUGGGUAGUGAUGCAAGGAGUGCUGUAAAUCGGGUGGGUAACAGGAUUGAUAUACUCGGGACGACCAGUGCAUGGGCUGCAACGUCAUUAUCUUUCUUUACAGAGGACUUCGAUGACCACCUUAUUCCUCUAUGUCUAGAUGAGUCUGUGCCUGUGGAGGAACGGAAGGCAGCCAUAGAGCGUGUUCUCAAUAAAGCCGAUGGUCAACAGCAAAUCAGCGAUAAUAUUGCAGCGCUUCUUGACAACCUGAUUGUUGACUUCCUUGCAGCUGUCGCGGAACAUGCAGCGCCAGGCUCUCUCACUGCGCAGCCCAAGGCUACACCCUACAAUGUAGAAAGACUAUUGACCCCGGACGUUUCCUCAGCUUCAUGGCCACUCCAGAUGGCCACCAGCUUCUGGGGUUCCACCUCCACUCGCCUGAAGAUCAGUGGCCUCCUCGCCAUCGGUACCGAAGAAGCCAAGUCUAUCAGUCUUAUCUUGAGCGUAGCCGAGAACGCAAGGCAGAAGAUGUACAAGCGCACUGGGGAUUAUAAUUUCGAGGAAGCCUUCGACCUCAUCGAUGGCUACAUGAGGCAUUUGCGACGAUUUUGGCGGUUCAGGUCAACCGAUUACCACAACAUCUACAGAUGGCUGGAAGAUGGUGCGGUCUUGGUGGAUGCUCCAGAUGUCCUUCUGGGCUACCUUAAUGAGGCAAACCACAUAUAUAAGGAAGUGGCAAUGUAUUUCCGGGGCUAUCAUAGGGGCCAGGGUGUUUUCGCGGAUCAGGGCAUGCCUAUUGACAAAGAUGGCCAAGCCUUGUCAAAUGAGCGGAUAAUGGAGGAAUUGCAGAAGAUUUGAUGGGGAGAACGGGAAUAGACUGGGCUCAAUUCGUGCAAAUUACCACAGAUUGUGAAACACAUGCUGUUUGCUUUCCGGAGAGGAGACAAUCUAGGACAGUAUCGGAGUAAACGAGUUCAUUCCCACACUGAUGCUUAAUUAGGAAUGGG